UGGUUGCCAGGCGGAAGUCGUCAUCACAUACGCAGCUCGCGCAGAACACUUCCGCCUUCUGAAGCGGAGAAGCUAGCGGCUGUGUGAAAGGAGUUAUCGGUGUGAGGGCGGAUCGUGGGGAUUAAUCUCACCCUGGGGUUUAAUCUGACAGACUUUAGAAGCCCCGAUCCCGGAGCAGGAAGAGCGCCGGAGUCGCAGAAUUCCCAGAAUCGUGGUGUUCACAGAGCCGUGUUCCUCCACCACGUCCUCCAGUUCCAGUUGGCCUUUUCUCCCAUGCGGUUGUCCAUGUAUUGAGGAUGACAAUGGAAGAGAUGAAGAAUGAAGCAGAGACGAGUUCCAUGGUCUCGAUGACGCUAUACGCCGUCAUGUAUCCCGUCUUCAACGAGCUGGAGAGAAUAAACCUGUCAGCGGCUCAGACUCUGCGUGCAGCGUUUAUUAAAGCGGAGAAGGAGAACCCGGGUCUCACUCAGGAAAUCAUCAUCAAGAUCCUGGAGAAGAAAAACGUGGAGAUUAACUUCACAGAGUCGUUACUGCGCAUGGCUGCAGAUGAUGUUGAAGAGUAUCUGAUCGAGAGGCCAGAGCAGGAGUUUCAGGACCUGAAUGAUAAAGCCCGAGCACUGAAGCAGAUCCUGAGUAAAAUUCCAGACGAGAUAAACGACAGAGUGCGCUUCCUCCAGACUAUAAAAGACAUCGCCAGUGCCAUAAAGGAGCUGCUGGACACCGUCAACAACGUCUUCAAGAAAUACCAGUAUCAGAACCGCAGGGCGCUUGAACACCAAAAGAAGGAAUUUGUGAAAUACUCGAAAAGUUUCAGCGACACACUGAAGACCUACUUCAAAGACGGAAAAGCAAUAAACGUGUUCAAUAGUGCCAACCGACUGAUUCACCAAACCAACCUGAUCCUGCAGACCUUCAAAACCGUCGCCUAGGAAACCGAGAGAGAGAACGUUGGAGAGAGAGAUUGAGAGAGCGUGGAUGAGUGUGAAGGAGUGAGAGUGUGUGGGGGGGUAGAGAGAGAGAGACAGGAUGUGUGAAGGAGUGAGAGUGUGUGGGGGGGGGAG